UUCCUUGAAUCUUCUUCGCAGGAAAAAAAAGAGAGAGGAGGGGGGAGAGAGAGAGAGAAUUCUUUCAUCAGAGUUAGUAAUGUGGGCAGUACAAAAUCGGGAGAGUUUGGGACUUCUCUCUUUCCCUGUGAUGAUUGCCAUGGUCUGUUGUGCACACAGCGCCAACGAACCCAGCAACAUGUCAUACGUGAAAGAGACGGUGGACAGACUGCUCAAGGGAUAUGACAUUCGCUUGCGACCGGACUUUGGAGGACCCCCAGUGGACGUCGGGAUGCGGAUCGAUGUGGCCAGCAUAGAUAUGGUCUCCGAAGUGAACAUGGAUUAUACACUCACUAUGUAUUUCCAGCAGUCUUGGAAAGACAAAAGGCUCUCUUAUUCUGGAAUCCCACUAAACCUCACCCUGGACAACAGAGUAGCUGACCAACUCUGGGUCCCUGACACCUACUUUCUGAAUGACAAGAAGUCAUUUGUGCACGGAGUGACUGUGAAAAACCGAAUGAUUCGACUGCAUCCUGAUGGGACGGUUCUCUAUGGACUCCGGAUCACAACUACAGCUGCCUGCAUGAUGGACCUUCGAAGAUACCCUCUGGAUGAGCAAAACUGCACCCUGGAGAUUGAAAGUUAUGGCUAUACCACAGAUGACAUCGAGUUUUACUGGAAUGGAGGCGAGGGAGCGGUCACUGGAGUCAAUAAAAUCGAACUCCCUCAGUUUUCAAUUGUUGAUUACAAGAUGGUGUCCAAGAAGGUAGAGUUUACCACAGGAGCCUAUCCACGGCUGUCACUGAGUUUUCGUCUGAAGAGAAACAUUGGCUACUUCAUUCUGCAAACCUACAUGCCUUCUACCCUGAUUACAAUUCUGUCCUGGGUUUCUUUUUGGAUCAACUAUGAUGCAUCUGCAGCCAGAGUUGCACUAGGAAUCACCACAGUGCUGACAAUGACAACUAUCAGUACUCACCUCAGGGAGACCCUGCCAAAGAUCCCUUAUGUGAAAGCAAUCGAUAUUUACCUGAUGGGUUGCUUUGUGUUCGUAUUCUUGGCUCUGCUGGAAUAUGCCUUUGUAAAUUAUAUCUUCUUUGGAAAAGGCCCUCAGAAAAAGGGAGCUGGCAAGCAGGACCAGAGUGCUAAUGAGAAAAACAAAUUGGAGAUGAAUAAAGUCCAGGUGGACGCCCAUGGCAACAUUCUCCUCAGCACGCUGGAGAUCAGGAACGAGACGAGCGGCUCCGAAGUGCUCACGGGUGUGAGCGACCCGAAGGCCACCAUGUACUCCUAUGACAGUGCCAGCAUCCAGUACCGCAAGCCGCUGAGCAGCAGGGAGGGGUAUGGGCGCGCGGUGGACCGGCACUGCGUGCCCAGCAAGGGCCGCAUCCGCCGGCGCGCCUCCCAGCUCAAAGUCAAAAUCCCGGACUUGACGGAUGUGAACUCCAUCGACAAGUGGUCCCGAAUGUUUUUCCCCAUUACCUUUUCUCUUUUCAACGUCGUCUACUGGCUUUACUAUGUACACUAAUAUCUGUCCUCGUGGUUUGGUUUAGCCUAUUUGUUUCUUUUGUUUUUUAACCCCACAGGUCCCCAACAGCAAUACUGCUGUGCUUUUUGAGGUAAGAGAUUCAGCCAUCCAAUUGAGUUUUAAGGUCUUGCUUAUCAAUUUUAUUAUCACACCAUGUUUACUUAAAAAAAAAAGUAUUUCCAGUCUACUGUGA